AAAUAUGUCUUUUAAAGGUCAAAAAAAGCAACAGCAAAUCAACGGCAGCAGCACUCUACCAAAAGAGAGAUAGCAAAAGUAACUGCAAAACCAGUAACAGGCCAUUGAACGCAGGUACAGCAACAAUUGCAAGCGCAAGCCAGGCAGAUUUAGUGAGAGAUCGGCAACGCAAUCAAUAAAGAGAGCACCAACCGCAAGCGCAUCGAUUCAAGAGAGAGAACAAAAGCUGCCUGAGAGAAGGUUCGGGUCAGCGAUUAAGAAGUUUUUUCCAUGAGCAACAAAGGAUCAGGAUCAACAGAGAAGUCGUGGAGCAACAGGAAGGGUCAAAGUGCAUCAAAGGCAUUCAUUUAAAUUGGAUAUUAUGUGCGCAACGGCAGCGGGAACGACCACCACCAACACUGAGAGCUCAUGUAUGACAAAUCCAAGAAAUCGUGGAGUCAGAGGCUCAAGACACUCGGCAGCAGCCCGCACAGCGGUGGAGACGCCUCUCUAGGCACUGUCAGCGGCAUGCAGGCCAUGCAGCAGCUGCAGCUGCACUUGCAGCACCAGCACCAGCAGCAACAACAACAACAACAGUUGCAACAACAGCAGUUGGCCCAGCACUUGCCACAGCAUCAUGGCCACCAUGGACACCAUUUGGCUGCGUACCAGCUGCCACCGCCCGUUGCCGCCGAGUUCCUGCCCAGCGCGCUGUCGCGCUCCAUGAAGUAUGCCGAGCCCUGGAUCUAUGGCACUGUGCGGGGCAUACCCGCGCGUCCCUCCUACGGCUAUCAUCAUCAGCAUCAGCAUCAGCAUCAUCAUCAUGCCCAUGCGGCGGCCAUCUUUGCCACGGAUGGUGGAGGCGGCGACUCCCCCCUGAGGGGCGCCCUGGCCGUGGUGAUCUGUUCGUGCGCCGAGUAUCUGAACGGAACGAAACGUGACGUGAAGAAGGCGAGCGUGUGCAAGAAGUGCAAAGGUUCACGCCUGCCCCUGGCCACCAUCGGUGGCUCCACGGGCGGGGGCACUGUCAGACUGCCAGCUGUCAGCAGCAGCAGCAGCGGCGGCAGGAGCAGCCGACCGAUGGCUGCCACAAUGCGUGUGGUUAGUGCCACAAAGAAAUCACGUCCCUCCAUUCUGGAUCCACAGAAGGAUCCCUAUGACCUGAUGCGACGCACGCGACUUCUCUCGCCAGAGCCAACGAGUGCCAGCAGCAGCAAGGACUCCCCCAGCAAGGAGGGCAAGUCACGUAGCCGCGAAGCGGCCACAAUAUCAACGACGAGGGGUCGCACCCGGACCAGGGCACCGCUGCCACCGUCAAAGGGAACUUCGACUGCUGCCCCUCCAGCAGCAGCAGCAGUAACCUCUGCGGCGCCAGAGCCCGCCGACUGCUGGCUGAUGGAGGACAACGAUGCACUGCUGCGGGGCAGCGGCCUCACCGCCAGAGCCUCCAGCACUGGCAGCAGUCGCCGCUCCAUUCUACGCUGCAACGUCAAUCCCUACGACCUGAUCUCAAUUGAAAAUGGGAAGCAGAAGCAGCAGUCCUCGGGCAAGUCCUCGGUCUAUGCGGAUGACUUCGAUGUGGCCGAUGCCCAGCUGCACGACGAUGAGCUGGAGCGACAGCGGGAGAAGCAGGGAAAGCGCAAGAAGUUCUACGGCAGCAAUGUGACGGCCAUAGCUGGCCAAAGGAUUAGCCUGGGCAAGGAGAAGCCAAUCGAUCCAUCCGAUUCGAGUGACAGCUAUGAGCGGAUCAUUAUCGCCUCCUCCGGGUCCUCGGUGGAACCGCUGGCUUCUGCUCCCCCUGUAGUGGGGCCACGACGUCCGCCACGCAAUAAAAAGGCGGAUGAGUCGACAGGCAACCACCACCAGGAAGUGCCUGCAACUGCCACAAUGCCUGUAGUAACUCCCUCAAAGGCGCCACCCACGGACGCUGAGAAUGAUGCAGAAGAUGAUGAUGAGAAUGAUGAUGAUGAUGAUGAUGAUGGCCAUGAUGGCUCCUCGCCCUUUACACUGCUCACUGUGACGCCCACAAUGCCGGCCAUCAAGUCUAUACUGAAGCGGCGUCCAUCGACACUGGAGGUGCCGCCAGCUGGCGUCAUCCUGCUGCCCGAAGGUGGUCUGUCGACGGCGCCACUGCUGACGCCUUCGGGCAAGUCACAGUUCUACAUUCCGACGCCAACGAAGGCGACAGCUGCCACGCCCACGAACACAGCUGCAGCAGCAGCAGCAGCAGCAACGGCGACAUCAACACCCACGUCCACGAUACCAGGAGCGAAUGGGGUGACGAUGACGCCAACAUCCACAUCCACAUCCACGACGAGUUCACGCAAAAAAGUGCAAUUUAUGGUCGAGGAUAAAAUCAUAGCCACGACAACGGAUACGCCGCCGACAACUGAUGACAGCAGCGAUGCCAGCCAUGCCUUUGUUGCCACAGUCACUGCUGGAUCUGGUUCUGGAUCUGCUGCUGAUGAAGCAACAACAACAACAACAACAAGGACAACAACAAGGACAAACUAUGAGUACUACAAUCGCAAGAGAAAUGCAGCAGCGGCAGCAACAGCUGCUGUAGGAAGAGCAGCGGCAGUGGCAGCAUCAGCAGCGGCACAGCAGGAGACAUUUGCGGCUGACGUUGAUGAUGAGCAUAACUUUACAACUUCCGCUGAACCAACAGCAACAGCAACAGCAACAGCAACAGCGUUGCACAUUAAGCCGGAUAGUUUGCAUUAUGAAGAUGUGCUGCUGCUGCCUCAGCUGUCCGGGCAUCAAAUAUUUGACAAGAGCGACAGCAACAGCAACAGCAGCAGGAGCAGCGAACCAGCAACUGAAAUGCAGCCAAAAUUAUUAUUGCCAGCGCAGGAGGAUGAAGAGGAUCCAGCUCCAGCAGCAGCAUGCCACUUGGGCUCGCGCUUCCCGCAUGUCACUGCAAAUGUUGUCAGCGUUUUGCCAGACGGCACAGCCACGACAGCGGCAACAGCAAUGGCAACCCAAAAGACGACAGCAGCAAAUCGCGAUUAUGACGAUGAUGACGAGCACAACGACAAGGAUGAGAGCAACGACAAGAGCCACAGCAGCAGCAGCAGCAGCAGCAUCCACACCAACAACGACAACGACAACGACAUUAAUGGCCAUGGGUUGGAGGAGGACAAGAACGAAGGGGAGAAGAAGGUGGCAAGGCAGAAGGAUACGGCCAGGCCUGCGGCAAGUCAAAAGCGUGCAGCACAAACGACACAAUCGCGAAAUCCCAUCAGACGGGCGCACAGCGAACGGCAUUUGUCGGCCGCGCCCAUCACAGCCGCCACCGUCGCUCCCCCCGCCGCCGUCAGGAACUCCAGCUCAAGCUUCAGCUCCAUUUCGAAGACGACGCCGCCGCUGCCUCGCUGCUCCGUGUCCUCAGUGAGUGGGCCACAGAAUGUCAUUUUAAAUUUUAAGGACACAAUGGCGCUGCGCACAAAAAGCAACCGCAGCGACUCGAGAGAUUUAUUUCAAAGGCGUCCAACAGAGCCGCCACCACCGCCGCCACCCAAGGGGCCACUGGCGGAGACCGCAAAAGGAUUAGAGCUGCCGCCACAAGGAAUCAAUAAGUCAGCCGCGACUCCGUCUGACUCUCAGGCUAAGGCUAAGGCUGAGACUUUGACUUUGACUUUGACUCCAAUUCCGACAUCGACUCCGGCACAGCCACGCCAGCAGCAGCAGCAGCGGACUGUGGUGCGUGUGGCGCCCUACCAGCAGAGCGGAGAGGGAGCCCAUGAAGUGCAUCGCUUGAAAAUCUCCCACAGCGAGGACGAUGAUACGGAUUUGGGUGUGCAGCUGCGUCGCAGGCCCAGCACCAGGCUGCAACUCUCCGCGGAGGAGGAGGCAACACCCAAGAAGACAUCGAUACUGAUUAGCGGCGAUGAUUGCUACUCCACGAUGAACCUGAGCGCCGAUGCGGCACAGCCGCUGUACCAGUCCUCGGUGGUGGUCAACAGCAACAGCAACAGCCAGGCGGUCAGCACGGGCGGUGUGUGCAUCAAUGUGAGCAGCGCCGAGGAGGAGGAGCAGCAGCUGAAUCACCUCAACACGCUGCGCACCCAGCAGAUGCUGGGGGGAACGGGCACAGGUCUGGGCAUUGCCAUCAUCCCCAUACGCAGCAGCGAGAUCAACCUGCAGCGUUCCGUGUCGUGCAUCUCCUCCACGUCGAGCAGCUCCACGUCCAGCAGCGGCAGCUCCAGCGGCCGGGGACGCACGCUCAUCCGACUCGACUACGACAGAGAGAGGGGCACGGGUGCGGGCACCAGCACGACGCCUAUUAAUACGCCGCCGGCAAUUAGUUCAACGCCAGCUACGCCACCGCCGCUGGCAUCGGCCAGCGAUAGCUCGAGUCCGACGGCCAGUCCCUUGGUGCAGCACGAGACGGAGCUGCUGAAGAUCCUGCGGAAUCCGGUGGAGGCAGUGAAGCGCAACCUCGUGCCGCAUGUGUGCGGACUGCGCUCUGGAAGUGCCAGCGACACCGCCGGACGCACCAAGAAGAUGCAGGAUGCCGUGACAACAAUUGUGCCCAGGAGCAGUCCGAAGGAGGGCAGCUUUAUCGCCAAGUUGCUGCAGGAUCCAAUGCUGGGGCAGGUGGCCGAGGGCCUCGAAACGGAGACGGUGGCCGAGCUGAUUGAGAACUCGCUGCAGCGGCUGCAGCAGGCACGCCAGGCCAUCGACAUGAGCGGCACCAAAGACCACGACGACAUGAGUCGCCUGAUCAGCGCCUCGCUGCAGCGGAUACGCGUGGAGCGGACAACCAAAGAGGAGGAUCGCCUCUCCAAUCGGGGCAGCAUUGGCUCAGCCAACAGCUUCGCCUCCGCGCACAAUUACGAGCUGUUUGACUUUGCCGGCGGCAAUGAUUCUGACUGCUAUCAGAGCUGCUCCAGCGUGCUGACAGCUUCCGGGAUAAUCGAGGAGGAGCCGCAACCACCCGAAGUGGAGGCUGAACCCGAGCUGGAUGCCGCGACACGCGCCAAGUUCUAUCAGCUGCUCGUGGAUGCCACGCUGGCCGAGAUCGAACACUCAACGCACACAGAGACAGAGGUGGAGGAGUCGGAACAUCACUACGAGUCCAUUCGACUCAAUGGCGAUCCCAUUUACGAGGAGAUCAACGAGAAGCCACCGCCACUGCCGCUCUCCGCACCGCCCCUGAACGAUGCCGAGCUGGAAAAGAAGGCAGCCCGCUCCAUCUUCGAGGGCGCCUCCAAGUACGACAUUCUCUCGUACCUGGUGGACGCCAAGGAGCGGGGGCUGGCGCGCGAGGAGAGCUUCGACUACAGCAACAAUCCGAAGAUCAUCGAGGAGGAGGCCACGGACACGCUCGGCGAGCUGGAGAAGCGUGUCGAGGAUCGGGACAGUGGACAGAGCAACAUGAACUCGUUGUCGCCGCCACCGCAAAGCUUCAUCUGUGGGGGCGGAGGCAAGUGUGGCAGCGAUGUGGAGCGGCAGGACUCGGGUGUGGGUUCAGAGACGAGCAAGUCCUCGCGCAGCAAGUACCAGGCCACGCCCACCGUGUUGCAUCUUUGCGAGGACUGCGACGGAGCGGUGGAGAUGCAGGUGGGCGAGUCGGGAGUGCUCUAUGCGCCGCUCGUGUGCCGCAAGUGCGGCAAGAAGCGGGUGGAGCGCAAGGAGAUCAUCACGGAGAUUGUGGAGACGGAGGAGAAGUACGGCCGCGACCUGCAGAUCAUACUCGAGGAAUUCUGCCACCCAAUGCUGGUGGCCGGCCUGCUCACCCAGGAGCAGCUCUCCGCAAUCUUCCUCAACACGGAAGAUCUGCUCGAGAACAACCAAACGCUGGCGGAGCGUAUGCGCGAUGCUCUGGACAUGUCCCUGGAGCAGGGAGACGAUGAUCUGCUCACGGUUAACAUUGGACGCAUCUUUCUGGACUUUACGCAGAUGUUGCACGCCUUCGAGAGUUACUGUGUGCGGCAAGCGGGCGCUAGCCUGCUUCUGGCCAAUCUCGAGAAGGAAAAGGAAUUGUUGCGCAUCUUCCUGAAGGUCUCGCAGAUGGAGAAUGCCGUGCUGCGGCGCAUGAACCUCAACUCGUUUCUGAUGGUGCCCGUCCAGCGCGUGACCAAGUAUCCCCUGCUGCUGGCGCGUCUCUACAAGGUGACGCCCUCGCAAAUCGACGGACGUGAGCUGCUGAAGCAGGCCCAGGAGAAAAUUGAGCUGCACCUGAACCACAUCAACCAGGAGGCCAAGGAUGUGCCCACCAAGCUCUGGCGCCGCAUCAGCUCCUCCAGCCCCAACCGGCGUGCCUCCUGCGAAAUUGAUAUGAUAAACAUCAAGCUGCGCAAAAUGGCCAUCGAUGUGCUCGAGUGGAAUCACGAUGAGGUGCGCUUCGCCAUGGAGGGCAAGCUGCUCUACACACAGCCAACGGACAGCAACUGGAAGAAGGCGCGCACCAUCAAGCUGACGCCGGUCAAUGCUCUGCUCGUGACCAAUGGCAAGCCAAGUGCCAAUUAUAGGGCGGAGAAGGCCAUGUCGGAUAAACUGAAUUUCCCGAAGCACACGGGCAUACGGGAGGCCUCGCUGCUGCUGGUGAAGGAGAAAUGUGGACGCUACACGCUGAUCCGUGAGCCUCUGUAUCUGGACAGAUGUGUGGUGUGCAGCGAAGCGGAUUGGGAUGAUUAUUUCGAAGUGCAGGAAAUUUCAUCGAAGGACACAUUCAUAUUCAAAGCCGAGGAUGGUGUGAGGACCAAGCAGUGGUACACACAGCUGCAGUACCAUGCCCAAGGCAUGGGGGCGUGGCGCAAGCGAAGGAAUGCCCUGGCCAACAUCAUGAUCAAUGGGAUGCUGGCACGCAGCUAGCACAGGAGACCGACCGACGGACGGACGAGUGAUGGAUAAACAGAUAACAAUAACAGAUAACAAACAAUAACUACAAGUGAAACACAAUUGGUUAUGCAUUUAAUAAUGUAUUUAUGCGCUAUUAACCAAGCAAGCAAUUUCGCAAUUAUCAUUUAAGUGAGCAACAAUUUACAUCUAUAAUAAUAUCUAUAAACCUAUGCAUAUAUGUAUAUCUACAUGCACACAUCCACACCAUCACCAAUACCAAUAUCCUAAAUACAAUGCAAUAAAAUAGAAUACAUUAAUUAAA